AAAACAACGGAAGAACGAGAAGACUUGAUUCCAACGCCUUCAUUCCUCUACCCUCGGCGGGCUCUGUUUCGUCUCCCACCGAGAAAGAAAGAAAGAAAGAAAGCGCAACAAUGGCGGAACAGUCGUCGUCGUCUUCAACUGCAGCUCCGGCUGUUCCGGAGAAAUCGGAUGCUGAAGUAGAAGAACUGCUGGAUCGGAUGCUGACUCGUUUAGCACUGUGCGACGACUCCAGGCUCCAGAACUUGCUCUCCAAGCUUCUCCCUCUCUCCAUCUCUUCUCUCUCUUCCCCCUCCCCCUCCGUCAGAAACAAGGUUAUAGAGAUCCUGAGUCAUGUCAACAAGAGGGUAAAACACCAACCAGAUAUUGGUUUGCCGCUGUCAGAGUUAUGGAAAUUGUACAUGGAAACUCAAUCAACUCUAAUGGUCAAGAAUUUUUGCAUUGUGUAUAUUGAGAUGGCAUUUGAACGAUCCAAUUUAGAGGAAAAGGAAACUAUGGCACCUAUUCUUGUAGCUAACAUUUCAAAGCUUCCUUCCCAGCACCAAGAGAUAAUCUUGCGAAUCACGGUGAAGGUAUUUGGUGAUUGUCAUUCAACUCGAAUUAGUGAUGAAGCUGCUGCAAAAUAUAGAGUAAUGUGUGGCUCUCCGGACAGUGAGAUAUUUCUUGAAUUUUGCCUCCACUCUGUUUUAUAUCAACUGCCAUCUCAAAGUGGGGGGUGCCCACCUGGGCUAUCAGUUUCUCAGAGUAACCGUGUUAGGGGGAAAGACCAAUUGAAAAGUGAUGUGCUUUUAAUUAGAAAGUUAGGGAUCCUAAAUGUUGUUGAAGCCAUGGAGCUGGCACCUGAAGUUGUAUAUCCUCUCUAUACGGCUGCUUGUGCCGACGGCCAAGAGGCUGUUGUUAAGAGAGGGGAGGAGCUUAUAAAGAAGAAGGCUUCUGGUGUAAAUUUGGAUGAUGCAAACCUGAUAAGCAGACUGUUUGUAUUGUUUAACGGAAGUGCUGAACUUGAACGUAUUGCUCCAGAAUCUAGAGUCAUUCCUGGCAAUCCUGCUCUUAGAGUAAGGCUGAUGUCAGUUUUCUGCCGGUCUAUUACUGCAGCAAAUAGUUUCCCGUCAACUUUACAAUGCAUUUUUGGCUGCAUAUAUGGAAGUGGUACCACCUCCAGGUUGAAGCAGAUGGGAAUGGAGUUCACUGUUUGGGUGUUCAAACAUGCAAGAAUCGAUCAGCUGAAGCUUAUGGGCCCUGUUAUACUGAAUGGGAUUGUGAAGUCCCUUGACAAUUAUUCAGCAUCAGAAUCAGAUGCUAUUGCUAGAGACACCAAAAGCUUUGCCUAUCAAGCAAUUGGAUUACUUGCGCAGCGCAUGCCACAACUUUUCAAGGAUAAGGUUGACAUGGCUGUUCGGCUUUUCGAUGCCCUGAAGUCAGAGGCUCAAUUUCUUCAGCUCAUUAUUCAAGAUGCAACUAACUCCCUUGCUGUUGCAUACAAGGGUGCGCCCACAGCUGUCUUAAUGGAUUUGGAGGCACUUUUGCUCAUAAAUUCUCAAGUGGAACAAAGUGAAGUACGUUUCUGUGCUGUGAGGUGGGCUACAUCCUUAUUUGAGAUGCAACAUUGUCCAAGUCGGUUUAUUUGUAUGCUUGGUGCUGCAGAUUCUAAGUUGGAUGUAAGGGAAAUGGCACUCGAAGGGUUGUUUCCUGGUAAAGGUCAAAGGGGAGCUGCUGAUGACCGUAACAAUCUUCAGUACCCGAAACUUGGAGAUAUGCUAGAUUAUAUUGUUAGUCGGAUGCCAUCCUUGCUAGAUUCCAAUGAAAUGAGGGAAGCAAAGCUUCUUUUCCCUUCGAAAACAUACAUGGCCAUGAUCACAUUUUUGUUGAAGUGCUUCGAGGCAGAUGUGGAACUAUACAGGAGAGGAGACGGACUUGUGGAGUAUUGGCCUUCUGUAGAAAAAAUGUGUUCACUGCUAGAACAUGCUAUGGCAUAUGAAGGCUCUGUUGAGUUACAUUCAAAUGCCUCCAAGGCACUAAUCACUGUUGGAUCUCAUUUUCCAGAGAUGAUAGCAUCACGCUAUGCCACAAAAAUUUCGUGGUUAAAGCAAUUGCUGAGUCACAUGGACAUUGAUACUCGUGAAUCUGUAGCACGUUUACUUGGAAUUGCUUCUGGCGCUCUUUCUAUCUCUGCUUUGCCAGAUCUUAUUGGCGAACUAAUUUCUCCAGUUGCUGGAUCACAGAAGUUGAGGUUUGAAACACAGCAUGGACUGUUAUGUGCACUAGGAUAUGUUGCUGCUGACUGCAUGAAAAGGACACAUAUUACCUCAGAAUCAUUGCUUCAGGCUACAGUUAAAUGCCUGGUUGAUGUUGUUAAUUGUGAGACUGCCACAAUAGCUUCUGUUGCGAUGGAAGCCCUAGGUCAUAUUGGACUACGUGUCCCUCUGCCUCCGCUUCAUGACUCUAGUUCUGGUGAAAGUUGGGCCAUCUUGACAAUUUUGCAUGAAAAGUUGAGCAAACUCCUCUCUGGUGAUGAUGUCAAAUCCAUCCAGAAAAUUGUCAUCUCUUUGGGUCAUAUUUCUGUAAAUGAAUCAUCUUCUUUGGAUUUAAACAUCAUCCUCGAUUUGAUUUCCAGUCUUUGCCGUUCAAAGGUUGAGGACAUCUUGUUUGCUUCUGGGGAGGCUCUUUCCUUUCUAUGGGGCGGUGUUCCUGUGACUGCUGACGUGAUUCUCAAAACUAACUAUACUUCCCUUUCGAUGAGUUCAAACUUUUUAAUGGUAGAUGUGUCUACAUCCUUGUCAAGAAAUAGCUCUACGGAGCCUGAAACCAAUGAAGGUUACCGUGUCAUGGUUAGAAGUGCUAUUACGAGAAAGCUUUUUGACGACCUUUUAUACAGUAGCAAAAAAGAGGAACGUUGUGCAGGAACCGUCUGGCUACUAUCACUAACAAUGUAUUGUGGUCAGCACCCAAGCAUCCAACAAUUGCUUCCAGAUAUCCAGGAAGCAUUUACCCACCUACUAGGUGAGCAAAAUGAACUUACGCAGGAGCUGGCAUCACAGGGGCUGAGUGUUGUCUAUGAAUUUGGUGAUGCUUCUAUGAAGAAGAGUUUAGUAAAUGCCCUAGUCGGCACCCUUACUGGUUCUGGAAAAAGGAAAAGAGCUGUGAAGCUUGUAGAAGACUCUGAGGUCUUUCAAGAAGGCUCUAUUGGUGAAAGUGCCAGUGGUGGGAAACUUAGCACUUACAAGGAGCUCUGCAGUUUGGCAAACGAGAUGGGGCAACCAGACUUAAUCUAUAAGUUCAUGGAUUUGGCUAAUUAUCAGGCAUCUCUAAAUUCCAAGAGGGGUGCUGCUUUUGGGUUUUCUAAAAUAGCUAAGCAAGCAGGGGAUGCGUUACAGCCACACCUUCGUUUAUUGAUUCCAAGGCUCGUCCGAUAUCAAUAUGAUCCUGAUAAAAAUGUGCAGGAUGCAAUGGCACACAUCUGGAAAUCACUGGUGGCGGACUCAAAGAGAACAAUUGACGAACAUUUGGACAUUAUUAUUGAUGAUUUAUUAGCACAAUGUGGAUCAAGGCUUUGGCGUUCACGUGAGGCUUCUUGUCUCGCUCUUGCGGAUAUAAUCCAAGGACGCAAGUUUGAUCAGGUUGGGAAGCAUUUGAAAAAAAUAUGGACAGCUGCAUUUCGUGCUAUGGAUGAUGUAAAGGAGACGGUUAGAAAUUCUGGCGACAGGUUAUGUAGUGCUAUUACGUCAUUAACAUUGAGGCUAUGCGAUAUCUCCCUGACUGAAACAUCAGAAGCAAGACAAGCAAUGGAUGUGGUCUUGCCUUUAUUGCUUACGGAAGGCAUUAUGAGUAAAGUUGACAACAUACGCAAGGCAUCUAUCACAAUGGUUAUGAAACUUGCAAAGGGUGCGGGGAUUGCAAUCCGUCCACAUUUAUCUGAUCUAGUUUGUUGCAUGCUGGAAAGUUUAUCGAGCCUCGAAGACCAAGGUCUUAAUUACGUUGAGUUGCAUGCAGCAAAUGUUGGAAUACAGACAGAGAAACUUGAAAACUUACGAGUUUCAAUUGCCAAAAGCUCUCCGAUGUGGGAAACCCUUGACCGUUGCAUUGAUGUAGUUGAUACACAGUCAUUGGAGCUGUUGGUUCCUUGUCUUGCUCAGUUGGUUCGAUCUGGGGUAGGCUUGAACACUAGGGUUGGUAUAGCAAGCUUUAUAGGCUUGUUAGUUCAAAAGGUUGCUGUUGAUAUCAAACCGUUUACAAGCAUCUUGCUGAAGCUUUUGUUUCCAGUCGUUAAGGAGGAGAAAAGUGGUUUAUCUAAACGUGCCUUUGCAAAUGCUUGUGCUAUAGUUUUGAAGUAUGCAGCAAUCUCCCAGGCCCAAAAGUUAAUUGAAGAUACAGCCGCCUUGCACACUGGUGACAGAAAUGCUCAGAUUUCAUGUGCAAUGUUGAUGAAAAGCUAUUCGUCCGUGGCCUCAGAUAUAUUGAGCGGAUAUCAUGCCAUCAUUGUUCCUGUUAUUUUCGUUUCAAGAUUUGAGGAUGACAAAAGUGUUUCUAGUUUGUUCGCGGAAUUUUGGGAAGAAAAUAUGAGCAGUGAACGGAUCACACUUCAAUUGUAUAUGGGAGAAAUUGUUGUUCUUAUUUGUGAGGGAAUUAUGUCAUCUUCGUGGGCAAGUAAGAGGAAGUCAGCCCUGGCUAUUAGUAAGCUUAGUCAGGUGUUGGGUGAAUCACUGUCUUCACAUCAUGAUGCUCUGCUCAAAUCUCUUAUGAAGGAACUUCCUGGUCGUUUAUGGGAGGGAAAGGAUGCUCUAUUAUGUGCCUUAGCUGACCUGUGUACCUCUUGCCAUGAAGCAAUAUCCUCUUCUGAUCCUGCCACACCAAAUGCCAUUUUAAGUCUGACAGUGUCUGCAUGUUCAAAGAAAGUCAAGAAAUAUCGUGAAGCAGCUUUUUGCUGUCUAGAGCAGGUUAUAAAAGCCUUCAAGAAUCCAGACUUCUUUAGUGUGGUCUUUCCGUUAUUAUUUGAUAUGUGCAAUUCAACCACUCUUACUAAGUCUGGCCAUGUAACAUUGGCAAGUGAUGCUGGUAAAGCAGAUGAAGAAGACCAUAAUUCAAUUCCACAUGCUAAGGUUAUUGACUGCAUCACAGCCUGCAUCUGUGUGGGGCACGGAAGUCAUAUUCUUGAACAGCAAAAUAAUCUUGUGAAUGUUAUCUUAAUGCUGCUGUCACCCGGUUUUCCUUGGACAGUCAAAAUGUCAGUGUUUUUGUUAAUAAAAGAACUUUGUUCAAGGCUUCACAACAUUGGAAAUGACUCUCAGGGAACAUCCCUACAUACCGUUCUAUGUUCUUUUGUUCAUGAGUUGUUUCACUCUGCGUCACCUAAGGUAGUGGAAUGCAUAUACGCAAUCAAGAUAGCACAGGUUCACAUAGCUGCUUCAGAGUGUCUUCUGGAAAUGACUGAGCUGUACAGAGACCUUCCACCGGUGCACUGGACAGACGUAGGGUUUAAGAGUGAGGUUCUCCAUCAGUACGAAGCAGAAAAGAAUGAGCAGGCAAAAUCACUGUUAAAGAAAUCUUUUGAUAUUCUCGAAAGCCUCGAACAACAAAAGGUUGAAACAUCCUGAGUUUAUCUGCUUCACAGAGCUCCACUAUCCCGGGUUGUUUGUCUCUAUCCUCGAACUCCUCGAAGGUCGAAAUGUGACCAGCUGGCCUCCAGGUUGUCUCUAAUGAAAUAAGUUGUAUCGUCUAACACAUGCAUAGGGAAAGGGUUAACAGAGAUUACUUGCAAAAGAAGAAAGAGAAGAUAAAAGGAAAGGGGAGGUAAAGAGAAAGGAAAGAAACUGCAGAGAUUGCAAAUGGAACAAUCGAAUCCAGCAUAGAGGGUAUUAAUCAUUCGAAUAUUCAUUGAAUAUGGUGUUCAUGCUCGCGCGAUGACUUGGUAUUCGCUAAUAUUGGACCUAUAUUUGUACUUCUUAUCUUUACGCUUAUGUUGCUUCGGGGUCAUUUUGAUUGGGUGGAAUCAAGGUAGAUUGGAUUGCAAAUCCCAUGGAACUGCAUUUCCUGCAUUUGAGUUCAACAAUUGAUAGAGGGAUUACAUAUCCACCAGACAAUCAAUCCCACAGAACAUUAGAUACUCAUUGUCAUGAAAUUUGUGGUACUGGCGAUUCCCUGGUAUUAUAUAAUCUCGCCACCAAAACAAACUUGUCAAACUUGGGCUUGCAGCAACUAAUGAUUUUUCUAGCUCUGAACUAUGUUAUGGAUUCGAAUGCAGAGAAAUUGACCCUUCA